AUGGAGUGUCCUACCGUGCCUGCGUUGGUACCUGUAGCAAUGGCUGGUGGUAUAGAACACGAAGCUUCUAUUCAGGAACGCGCUAUUCCUGUGCAUUCUCUGGCUGCUCCAAGCCACCCAGCCCCUGCCCCUAUCAAGCUAGAGGGGCAAAUGCAUCCACAAGGGCCUGGUGCGUACAGUGAGCAGGAGUUGCUAGCUACGCCGGCUCAGCCAGGUCAAGCACCUAUUCAGCAGGCUCAGGCUCAGCACGUUCAGCACGUUCAGCAGAAUCAGCCGACUCAGCCAACUCAGUCCGCUCAACCAACUCAGUCCGCUCAGUCCGCUCAGCCAGCUCAGCCAGCAGUACAGCCGGUUCAACCACCAGCCGUCCAGCCAUCAGCAGUUCGACCUAUUCAAGCUGAACCCCAGCCAAACCAGAUCGAUCAGCCCGCCGAGCCUGUUCAGCCAGUGCAUCCUGUUCAGCCAGAAGCAAAUUCAGCGUCUCCAAAAUCAACUGAAGAUGAGUCGAAAUCAGCUUCUCCAAACAGCUCAGACAAAGAGGAUCUGCGCCACGAACUGCUUCGCCCGACUCAAACCAUGUGCUUGAACUGUAUGACCACAAACACUCCCCUUUGGCGGCGCGACGAGAAUGGCAAAAUCUUGUGCAAUGCCUGUGGUCUAUUUUUGAAACUCCAUGGCCGGCGUCGUCCUAUUUCGUUAAAGACAGAUGUUAUUAAAUCCCGGAAUCGCAGUCGAAACACUGGCCCCUCUCGCCGGUUCAGUCGGAAACAGGCAAGAUCUCAACAGCCAGACUCUCUUAGACAGUUCCCGGGUAACCAGAUGCCUACGCCGCUUGUUCCCGCUCCCACAGGUGGUCAGCAGGCUUCAGUACAGACUCAGACACCCCGAAGCCAACCCCAAGCUCCCCAACAGCACGCGCAGGCAGCCCUGGUGGCUCCCCAGGCGGUUGGCCAAACACAGCUUCCCCCUGUCACACAAGUGAGUGCGCAGGCGCAGUCCCAAGUGCAGGCAAACCAGGUAGCUGCUCAAAAUGCGCAGCUUUUAAGGCAAAUGCGUCAACAAAUGCACCCACUCCAUAUGGGGCCUCCAGUUGCCGCCGGUCUCAGCCCUGCCUUGACGGCAUACAAUUUUUAUCCGACCGGAACUCCAAUUUUGGGUGCCCAGCAAGGUCUUCAGCCGAUUGGCACCAUGCAGCAGUCAAUGAGCCCGCAUUUUGGACCUCUUCAAGGCCGUCCCAGCUCUCCUCCUGAUUUUCGCCUGGUGCGUGGUCAUAUGAGCGAGCAGCUGCUGCCCCGCUCACCGCCCGAUCGUAUCGCACCUUUAAAUCAGGUUCAUGCGACUGAGAUCCAGCACACGGCCAAGCCGGCUAACAAUACCCAAGAGCUGCAGACCAAGGUGUCAGAGCUCGAGGUUAUCAACGACCUUUUGCGACGCAGGAUCGCUGAUCUGGAGUUUGCAGAGUCCAAGGCACGCAAAGAAGCUGCCGAGGCUAGAGCUCGCUUCGAGGAGCUGCAGAGCCUCAUCCGCCAAGCUCCUACUCCUGCCGAGCCGGUAGUUUCGACCCCAGAUCUCCCUGCGGUUCCCUCUGCCGCCAAACUAACCAACGGCGCGGUGGCCGUCGCCCACUCUGCUCCCGAGCUGGAGACCAAAGAAGUGAAGCGAAUCCGUGUUGGCGAGCUUGUGUGA